AUGCUACACCAAGAAGAGACAGUGCCCCAGGGGUACACGCUCGUCACGCAGCCAGGCGAGGGCAGCAACGACGCAAAGGCGAUCCACCUCCGCUCCGACGGGCAAAACACGGCGCAGUGCGACUUCACCCUCGAGGCCGUCCGGCCCAACGUCUUCCGCACGACCUUCACGUCGGCGUCGCACCCGCUGCCCCCCUUCCCAAGCGUCCGCCGCCCGCCCGCCGACAGCGCCAGCACCGCGAAAACCAGCAUAACAACAACAACAGAACAUAAAAUCAUCACCCUCCGCGACAGCCAGGCCGGCACGACCGCCACGGUCGACUACACCCACACGCCCGUGGUGACGAUCCGCCUGGACGGCAGCAACGGCGACGACAAGCAGCCCCCCCUGCACGCGGACCUCCCGCACCGGUCGUACGCCCUCGACGGCCCCGGCGCGGCGCACUACUCCGCCUACAGGCCGGGGACGCUGCACGUCGGGCUGGGCGAGAAGGCCGCGCCCAUGGACCUGUCGGGCCGCGGGUUCCUCAUCACGGCGUCCGACACCUUCGGGUACGACUCGCACCGCACCGACCCGCUGUACAAGCACCUGCCGCUGCUGAUCAGCGUGGCCCCCGGGAGGGGGGGUGGCGGCGCGGUGGGGAUCCUGUCGGCGUCGCACGCCCGCGCCGCCUGGGCCGUCGGCAGCGAGAUCGACGGCCUCUGGGGCCGCUUCAAGGCGUACCGGCAGGCGCGCGGCGGGCUCGAGGAGUACCUGAUCGUCGGCCGCAGCGUCGCCGACGUGGUGCGGUCCUACGCGGGGCUCGCGGGGCUGCCGCUGCUCGUGCCGCGGUACUACCUGGGCUACGUGUCGGGCGGGAUGCGCUACAGCAUGCUGGACGGGCCCCCGCAGCGGGCGGCGGACGCCAUCGUGGGCUUCCUGGACCGGUGCGGCGAGCUCGGCAUCCCCGUGUCGGCGCACCAGAUGAGCUCCGGGUACACCGUCUCCGAGGCCCCGCCCAGGACGCGCAACGUCUUCACGUGGAACCGCCACCGCUUCCCGGACCCGCGGGCCUUCACCAGGGACGUCCACGCGAGGGGCGUCCGGGUCCUGGCCAACAUCAAGCCGUACGUGCUGGCGAGCCACCCGGACUACGACAGGCUCGCGCGGGAGGGCGCGUUCCUCCGGGACCCGGGCACCGGGGGCGGGGCGGCGGUCGCGCGGCUGUGGAGCGCGGGCGGCGGCGAGAGCGGCGAGGGCAGCCACGUCGACUUCACCAGCGAGGCCGGGUUCCGGUGGUGGUACGAGGGCUGCCGGGCCCUCAAGGAGGUCGGCAUCGACGCCAUGUGGAACGACAACAACGAGUACAACACCCCCGACGACAGGUGGGAGUGCGCGCUGGACCUGCCCGAGGGCGUCGACGCGGCGGUCCAGGCCGGCAUCACCACCACCAACAGCAAGCAGAUCGCCCUGUGGGGGCGGGCGGCGCACACGGAGCUGAUGGGCCGCAGCUCGUGGCAGGCGUGCGUGGACUCCUCGCCGGACGAGCGGCCGAUGGUGCUGACGCGCAGCGCGACGGCGGGCACGAUGCGGUACGCGUGCGCGAGCUGGAGCGGCGACAACGUGACGAGCUGGGAGGGCAUGCGCGGGAGCAACGCGCUGGCGCUCAACGCGGGCAUGUCGCUGAUCCAGUGCUACGGGCACGACAUCGGCGGCUUCGAGGGCCCCCAGCCGACGCCCGAGCACCUCGUGCGCUGGGUGCAGAUGGGCGUCCACUCGCCGCGCCUCGCCAUCAACUGCUACAAGACCUCCCCGGAGGACAACCUCGUCGGCGAGGUCAUCGAGCCCUGGCAGUACCCGGAGUCGACGCCCCUCGUGCGCGCCGCCAUCAGGCGCAGGUACGAGCUGCUGCCGUACGUCUACUCGCUCAGCGUCGAGAGCCACGUCUCCGCGACGCCGCCGCAGCGCUGGACGGGCUGGGGCUACGAGGCUGACGAGACCGUGUGGACAAAGCCCAUCCUGGCCGGCGACACGCAGUACUGGCUCGGCGACGCCCUGCUCGUCGCCGGCGUCUUCGAGCCUGGCCAGAGCCACGUCGACGUGUAUCUGCCUUCUUCCGACGACCCGGCCAGGCCCGCGGGUGACGACGGGGUCGUCCGGUACUCGAGCCAGGACGCGUCCCCGACGACCGCAUUCGGCUUCUUCGACACCAACGCCCAGGACGGGCUGUCCUGCCUGCCUUCGGGGGCAUGGCACCGCGUCGACGCCACCCUCGACUUUGAAAACGGGGCCCGAGGCGGACGGCUGCCUCCGAACCACAUCCCCGUGCUGGCGCGGGCCGGCAGUGCCGUGCCCGUGGGCAAGAACCGCCAUACGACAUCGGCCCCGGGCUCGAACCCCGAGUUCCCCGGGGAGGAGAAGGACGACUGGCGUGGCGUCGAGAUAUACCCGCCCGCGCCCGGGCAGACCUCCUCGGUGGAUAGCAGCGCGCGCAAGGCCGUCUUCGAGACCACCUGGCAUGAAGACGACGGCUCCAGCGCCGCACACAUUGCCGAUGUCCAGCGUUGUACCAUCACCCUGGAGUACACCGUGGACCUGCAUUCCGAGAGCGGUGGGAUCGAUGUCAAGUGCACGAUCAAGGGCACCGGUAAGAGAGAAAAGGACGGCACGGGGUUGGCCUGGCAGCCGCUUUGGCUUGACAACGGGCUCGACGUCGUCUUGCCCAGGGGCCUUGGGGCCAAGGUCAAUGGGGCUUCAGAUGUGACCGAUGCGAGGAGUGGAUCUGAAGCCUAUGCCAGCCAAGGCAGGAACAUUUGGAACAUUCCUGUAACCAGGGACUGGUCAACAUGA